CUGGCCUGCCAGGAGCACAGAUACAGAGCUAGAACCCAGUGAGGCCUGUGCUGUGAGGGGCGGUGCUGUGCCAGGGGAGGCCCCGUACCCGGGAAGCCCAGAAGAGAGUGAGCACUCACGGAGCCCUCCUGGCAGGGCCGCGUCUCUGGAGCAGCAGACCCCUGUGUCCCCCUGGGAGGUCAACUGUGGCCUCACAGCUGGGCCUGUUCCAGCACAGCCCUUGUUGGAGGGCACACCCCUGUGUCCUCAGCACCCUAGCGUUGAGCGCAUUGACCUGCAGAGGGGAGCCUGUGCUGGUCCCGGGCAUCUAUGUGGCUCCGGGGUGCCUAUCUGCACCCCUGGCCCUGCUCUGGGCUUCAGCGGAGCUGUGCCACCGUGGGAGUGUCCAGGGUCCUGACGUAGCCCUGUGACGUGGCCAGCUCCCUGGCCUGCUGCCUGCACAGUGGGCCCUUGUCUCUGCUCUGGGUCAGGCGAGGCAGCCACCCAUGAUGAGCUCUGCAGCCUUCCCGAGGUGGCCGAGCAUGGGGGCCCCUCGUACCCCUUCACGGACAGUGCUCUUCGAGCGGGAGAGGACGGGCCUGACCUACCGCGUGCCCUCGCUGCUCCCUGUGCCCCCCGGGCCCACCCUGCUGGCCUUUGUGGAGCAGCGGCUCAGCCCUGACGACUCCCACGCCCACCGCCUGGUGCUGAGGAGGGGCACGCUGGCCGGGGGCUCCGUGCGGGUCCCUGGACGUCCUGGUAGCGGAACUUCCUCCUCUGGGCAGUGGGGCGCGCUGCACGUGCUGGGGACGGCGGCCCUGGCGGAGCACCGGUCCAUGAACCCCUGCCCUGUGCACGAUGCUGGCACGGGCACCGUCUUCCUCUUCUUCAUCGCGGUACUGGGCCACACGCCUGAGGCCGUGCAGAUCGCCACGGGAAGGAACGCCGCGCGCCUCUGCUGUGUGGCCAGCCGUGACGCCGGCCUCUCGUGGGGCAGCGCCCGGGACCUCACCGAGGAGGCCAUCGGUGGUGCCGUGCAGGACUGGGCCACGUUCGCCGUGGGUCCCGGCCAUGGCGUGCAGCUGCCCUCAGGCCGCCUGCUGGUGCCCGCCUACACCUACCGUGUGGACCGCCGAGAGUGUUUUGGCAAGAUCUGCCGGACCAGCCCCCACUCCUUCGCCUUCUACAGCGAUGACCACGGCCGCACCUGGCGCUGUGGAGGCCUCGUGCCCAACCUGCGCUCAGGCGAGUGCCAGCUGGCGGCGGUGGACGGUGGGCAGGCCGGCAGCUUCCUCUACUGCAACGCCCGGAGCUCCCUGGGCAGCCGCGUGCAGGCGCUCAGCACUGACGAGGGCACCUCCUUCCUGCCCGCAGAGCGCGUGGCUUCCCUGCCCGAGACUGCCUGGGGCUGCCAGGGCAGCAUCGUGGGCUUCCCAGCCCCCGCCCCCAGCAGGCCACAGGAUGACGGUUGGUCAGUGGGCCCCGGGAGUCCCCUCCACCCUCCACUCCUCGGUCCUGGAGUCCGUGAACCCCCAGAGGAGGCUGCUGGAGGCCAGGUGCCUGGUGGGCCCGUCAGCCGUCUGCAGCCUCGGGGGGAUGGCCCCACGCCUGGGGUCAGUGGGGACGUGGGGUCCUGGACCCUGGCACUCCCCAUGCCCUUUGCUGACCUACCCCAGAGCCCCACGUGGCUGCUGUACUCCCACCCAGUGGGGCGCAGGGCUCGGCUACACAUGGGUAUCCGCCUGAGCCAGUCCCCGCUGGACCCGCACAGCUGGACAGAGCCCUGGGUGAUCUACGAGGGCCCCAGCGGCUACUCUGACCUGGCGUCCAUUGGGCCAGCCCCUGGGGGGGGCCUGGUUUUCGCCUGCCUGUACGAGAGCGGGGCCAGGACCUCCUAUGAUGAGAUUUCCUUUUGUACAUUCUCCCUACGUGACGUCCUGGAGAACGUGCCCGCCAGCCCCGAGCUGCCCAACCUUGGGGACAAGCCCCGGGGGUGCUGCUGGCCCUCCUGACAGGCCUUCUGGCCGUGCCCAUGCCCCUUGGGUGCCCGGGGCAGAGGGCUGGAAUACGCUGGGGUGCCCCAGGAUGGAUGUGGGGGGCUCUUAGUGCGGGGUCCUGUGGAUUAGAAGCAAGUUGCUCCUCAGAGCUCUCAAGCAGCGGCUGGGAGUGAGCAGGGCAGGGUGGGGGCAGGAAGUGGGCCCGGGCGACCCCCACAGCUCCCUUCCGAGGCUGCAGGGCCAGGGGCAGGACUGGGAGUGAGCAGGGCAGGGUGGGGGCACGAAGUGGGCCCGGGCGACCCCCACAGCUCCCUUCCGAGGCUGCAGGGCCAGGCGCAGGACUGGGAGUGAGCAGGGCAGGGUGGGGGCACGAAGUGGGCCCGGGCGACCCCCACAGCUCCCUUCCGAGGCUGCAGGGCCAGGCGCAGGACCGCAGGUAGCCCAGGGCGUUGUGGGUGGCAGCACUUCUUACUGGCUGCUUUCUGGCUUGAAAUAAAGGAAUCGUGCUUGUGUCGGG